AUGAGUGAAAGACUUUCAUCAUUUGAUCCAAUCAUCCCAUCAAAACCUUUAAUCCUCAUUUUAGGAUCAAUGCCAGGUACUGAAUCACUCAAAAAACAACAAUAUUAUGGACAUCCACAAAAUUGUUUCUGGUCAAUUAUUUCAUCAAUAAAAUCAAUGGGGAGUGUUCCACCACGAUAUGAACAAAGAAUUGAACUAAUAAAAUCAUGUCAAAUUGCAUUAUGGGAUGUGUGUUGUCAAUGUGAACGAAAAGGUAGUUUAGAUAGUGAUAUAAAAGAGGUAAAACCAAAUAAAAUAAACAAAUUAUUACUUGAACAUCCAACAAUUAAAACAGUUCUUUUCAUGGUCAAGGACCUUCAAACUUUAUCAUAA